CACCACUGCCCACUGCACGGAGUCCUGGCUGUGGCUGGCACUGGGGUGGGACAGGGCACAGAGUUUACUCGGGCGUAAGCCACAACCCCCAGCAUGUGCAGCUGACCCACACUGGCACCAUGCAUCUGUCUGCUCACAACACAGCUAGAUCAAUCCCUGGCAUGGGCAGACUCCGCUGGCAGUGCCACCUUAUGCCAGGCAGGAUCCGGAUCUGCCUGUGCUCCAGGUGACAGGGUUAAACCCCGACCCGGUGGCGCGGGUGGUACCUAGGAGGUGCUCGCUCCAUUAAUUCUAGCAUAUGAGGAGAGCAGGAUCGGGAAGAGAUUAGACAUUAACCCAGCCAGCGCCUCCCGCCCGGCGAGCACCCCCACCCCUGGGGGCUUUCAGGGCUGGAUCCCACCCUGGGGCCCUUCUCUGGGGCUGGAGGGGCCACAGAGCAAGGAGGGCCCGGCUGGCAAGGGCAACAUUUGGCAGGAGCCGAGCUUGCGGCAGGCCGGGACCGCCGCCGGCCCCCCCUCGCCAACCAGUGCUUAUUUACUUGGAGAAGGAGGUGGAAAUGUGCUGACCGCGUCCGCCGGCGGCGAGGGGCUCCGGUCUGGAGAGAACCGGCUCUGGUGGAAAACAGCUCCGCAGCCCUGGCCGGCGCCGUGGCGGUGGUGGGGAGGCAGCCGCGAGGGUCAGUGGGGGCCCCUCAGCCCCAGGUACGGCCCCAUCAGCUCCAGGUACAGCUCUUGCCUUCCCGAAGCAGAGCUGCUGUGGCUGGGUGAGCAGGAGCUGCCACCGAGCUGGGGUUCAGUUAGCGGUGCCAGCCGAGCCAGCCACCCGUCCCCUCGGCUCCAUAGGAAAGGGUCCCUGGGCACCGCGCUCAGUGCCCUCACUGCAGGGCAGGAUGGGUGCUGCAGCAGUGCCAGCAGUGUCUGCCUGCGUGCUGCUGGCCCUGGCCCUUCUGCCCACAGCUGGUGGCCAGACCAGCCCUCCUUCCGGCUGCGGCAAGGACCUCUCCUCCCUCUACUACAACCUCUGUGACCUCUCAGCAGCCUGGGGCAUCGUGGUGGAGGCUGUGGCCAGCCUCGGUGUGGUCACCACCUUCGUGCUUACCAUCGUGCUGGUGGCCAGCCUGCCUUUUGUGCAGGAGUCCCAGAAGAAGAGCCUGGUGGCCACGCAAGUCUUCUUUCUUCUGGGCACCUUCGGGCUCUUCUGCCUGACAUUUGACUUCAUCGUGGGGCCAGAUUUCUCCACCUGCACCUCCCGCCGCUUCCUCUUUGGCGUCCUCUUCGGUAUCUGCUUCUCCUGCCUGCUGGCACACGCUGUGGCACUCAACUUCUUGGCACGGAGGAACCGGGGCCCGCGAGGGUGGGUGACACUGGCAGUGGCUUUGCUCCUCUCCUUGGUAGAGAUCAUCAUCAAUGCCGAGUGGCUCAUCAUCACGGUGGUGCGGCAGGAGGGUGGCUCUCCAGACCCUUGCCAGCUGGCAGACGCUGACUUCGUUAUGGCACUCAUCUACGUCAUGUUUCUGCUGGUGGCUGCCUUCAGCACCGCCUGGCCAGCUCUUUGCGGCCGCUAUGGCCGCUGGCGCAAGCACAGUGCCUUCAUCCUGGCCACCACCAGCUUAUCCAUGGCCAUCUGGGCAGCGUGGACAGCCAUGUACCUCUAUGGGAACCAGCGUGCGGGCGAGAAGCCCGGCUGGGACGACCCCACGCUGGCCAUCGCGCUGGUCUCCAACGCUUGCACCUUCCUCCUCCUCUACGUCAUCCCCGAGGUGACCCAUGUGACGCGCCGGGGCCCCGAGCAGGCAUUCGAGGAUGACAUCUACCCCACACGCGGGGUGGGCUACGAGACCAUUCUCAAGGAGCAGAAGUCUCAGAGCAUGUUUGUGGAGAACAAAGCCUUCUCUAUGGACGAGCCCUCCUUCGCCAAGAAGCCAGUGUCCCCAUACAGCGGCUACAAUGGGCAGCUGCUGACCAGCGUCUACCAGCCCACUGAGAUGGCACUGAUGCACAAGGGGCCGGACCACACAGGGCUGGGGAUGUUCUCGGUGCCGCUACAGCCGCCCGUGUCUGCCCCGCAGACCGAAGGUCCCUAUGAUGUGAUCCUGCCCCGUGCCUCCACUGCCAGCCCAGCUGCUGGCAGUGCCAGCUCCACGCUGCGAGCUGAGGACGCCUUUGCGGUGCAGGCUCGGCAUGCUGGUGCCCAGCGGGAUGGCAGGAGCUGCCAGGUGCAGUCCCCGUAUGGCAGGAACAGGUGGUGAAGCCCUCAUGACAUAAGUUCUGCAGCACUGGCACAGCUGUGGCCUCACUGUCCCGCUCCUGAGGUCUCACCAAGCCUCCUACUGCCCCACCGUAUGCAUCCCACCCCAUCCAUCAGCUGGAACCAGCUCCUGUGCAGAGGACACCCAGAUACAGUCCCACCUGGCCAUGGCACCCACAAGCUCUUCCUGGAUCCCCAUGUUCCUGCCUCUGUCUCUGCUGCCAGGACCAGCUCCCAUGGGACCACUCAAGUUGUCCCCUUGCUGCCUUAGUGAUGCAUGGACAUCCCAUCCUCUCCCAGGUCAGGGACCAUCCACCACCUGGGAGCCUGCAGGACUCCUGCCUGGGGCUCCCUGCUGGCACCAAGACCCCAGUUCCAUGCUGACCCUCGCCAGCCCCAGGGACAUCGCAGGUGCUGAGCUGGAACCAUCCUACCGCAGGGCACAAGCUGACGUGAAGCUGUCCCCAGCUCUGGUUCCCACUGUGCCUCAGGUUUCCCAAACUAGCACACUGGGGCAGGGUGGGGCUGCUCGAGGUAUAGAGGUUCAGUGCCUUGCUGGGGCUGGGCACACAGCCCCCCACGGCUUCGGCCACCUUCUUGGUGCCUUCAGAUCCCUUGGGGUUUAGGGAUCCCUCCUGGGAUCACCCUCCUCGUGGCUUUGUCAUUUAUCCCUUUCCCCCUUUUUUUUUCAGGUCAGCCCCAAUAAAGGUGUUUUUUCCUA